GGGUGGGUUUUCAUGCCUCAGGUGUGGUGUUGGUGGCUACUGCUCUUCUUUUUGGGCAUUUACGUUUACCUUCAUAUAUUACACAUAUCCUUCAUAAAACAUUUAACACCAACCUUGUAUAAAAUAGUAGCAUUAUGUUGUGAAGUCGAAGAGUAGGAUAUAUUUCCUCAAACUGGAAUUGCCUUGAAUCUUCCUGUGAUCAGAAACUUGUUUUCUCUCUUUGGUCUUUAGAUUCAACAAGGAACAAGAGCUCAGAACUAAAUGUUGGGGAAUCACUCUAGUGCCACUGAAUUUUAUCUCCUUGGCUUCCCUGGCUCCCGAGAACUACAUCAUAUUCUCUUUGCUAUCUUCUUCUUCUUCUACUCAGUGACAUUAAUGGGAAACAUGGUCAUCAUUGUGAUUGUCUGUGUGGACAGACGUCUGCAGUCCCCCAUGUAUUUCUUCCUUGGUCAUCUCUCUGCCUUGGAGAUCUUGGUUACUACUAAUAUCGUGCCCAUGAUGCUUUGGGGGCUGCUGCUCCCUGGGAUGCAGACAAUAUCUCUGGCUGCAUGUGUCACCCAGCUCUUCCUGUACCUUUCUUUGGGGACCACAGAGUUUGCAUUACUGGGAGCGAUGGCUGUGGACCGUUACGUGGCUGUCUGUAACCCUCUGAGGUACGACAUCAUUAUGAACAGCCGCACCUGCAUCUGGGUGGUCAUUAUGUCAUGGGUGUUUGGGUUCCUUUCUGAAAUCUGGCCAAUUUAUGCCACAUUUCAGCUUACCUUCUGCAAAUCAAAUGUGGUGAACAAUUUCUUCUGUGACCGAGGGCAAUUGCUCAAUCUAUCCUGCAAUAAUACCCUUUUCAUAGAGUUUGUCCUAUUCUUAAUGGCUGUUUUUAUUCUUUUUGGUUCUCUUAUCCCUACAAUCAUCUCCUACACCUAUAUCAUCUCCACUAUCAUCAAGAUUCCCUCAGUCUCUGGCCGGAGGAAAGCCUUCUCUACUUGUGCAUCCCACUUCACUUGUGUUGUGAUCGGCUAUGGGACCUGCUUGUUCCUCUAUGUGAAACCCAAGCAAACGCAGGCAGCUGAGUACAACAGGGUAGCGUCACUGAUGGUUUUAGUGGUGACCCCUUUUCUAAACCCAUUUAUCUUCACCCUACGGAAUGAAAAAUUCAUAGAGGUCUUUCGAGAUGUCAUGAAACGCUGCUCUCAACUCCUCAAGGGUUAGCUGGUUCCUAAGUACAAACAUGAACUCAUCAUCAUGGACCUGAGCAGUCACAUAGCACUAACUCAUUUUCAUCAUCAAAUAGUUUGUCAUCUGCAAGGGAUUCUACAAAAUUCUUCAAGGGAAUUUUAAGACACUGAUAGUCCACCAACUUAUAUUCGGAUUUUUCCUUAUUGGAGGUCACAUUAUUAUUUUCUAAUUGAAUAUAGACAUUUGUAUAUUCUUCUGUAGUUAUAGUACCUCUUACAAUAUACAUUUUCGAAGUGUAAGUGUACAAAAUAUAUGUAAUAUUUUUAAGGACACUCAGCUCUGGGAGCCCCUGGGUCAUUUAGUCGGUAAGCGACUAACUUCAUCUCAGGUCAUGAUCUUGUGGUUCAUGAAUUGAGCACGAUCAUAAUAUUAUUGUUAAUAAAGUUGUUUCCCACUGGGGGUAUGAGUUAGCAAUUCUGCAAUUGCUGUACACAUAUACUACAGGUGAACGAAUGAAGAUAACAACUAGUGGGAGCCAGUUUCUUAUGUGGACAGGUAUGUUCCAGAGAAGCAAGAGGAGAAGGCUAGAAUCAGCCAUGUGGCACUGGAUUCAAAUUGGUGCAUCAGUGUGCACGCAUAUUAGAAGAUUAUAUGUAUGUAGGUGGGUUGAUUAAUAUGUGAUAUAAAUAAAUGAUAUGAAAAAUGACUCUUCUUUUUCAUAACUAUUUUGGCUAUUCUCUUGUCAUUCUCUUUCCAUAUAAAUUUUGAAGUCGGUUUGUAGAUAUCUACAAAAUGCUUGCUGGGCUAUUGAUUGGGACUGUGUUCAAUCGUUAGUUAGAUUAUUAAAACGCUGAGAUCUAGGACUCCUUGCAUUUGUAUAUGAUUGUAAAUUUUCUGCCUGACCAUGGGGUUGAGUAGGGGUUCUUUGACGGUAAGAGGUCAAUCCCUGUUCUUUUCUCCCUCUCGCGUACUUGU